UGGGUCUACAGCGGUAGUUAGUAACUCUAUCCCAAUUACUGCACAACGGUAACGGUCCCUGGACCAAAUGUGAGGUGGUUUUAGUAAUCAUGAAAUUCAUUAACGUAACCCUCGGGGAUAUUAAUUAGGUAUACUUCCUUGUUGCUCUAUAAUCAAUCAUGGAUUUUUUAACAUGGACACCUAACACCCGUACCUCAAUAUGUCUCAAAAUGCUCUGGUUGUAUCCCCCUGUGUCGGGCUAAGGAGAGCAUCUUGUAGCUUAUUUUAUAUAAACCCCUCUGCAGCUAAGAAAACAGUACAUACGCCCAUAGGUCUUGGAGCAUAGGGCUUCCCGUCCGCUCAGCCGUACUUAAGCCACAGUCCACUAUGAUACUCGAUAGGCUCACUUACCGUUAUUUUUCUGAACUACCCGGAUGAGAUUAUCUUAAAAGCGUAUGGAUAUCCACAUCGUUUUGGGAAUCAGGCCGGGCCGACAUGGUCAAAGUCGCAUCGUCUGUGUUGGAAGGAUCAAGCUCGAUCGGCCUCGGUUUAUCUAUUGGUUAUUUUGGGGGUUGAUGGCCUCGAGUCCGCUGUCUGUGUUUAUGAAAUUUGCUUCGUAUUUCCUACUCGAUUGGAAUCGGAGGUGGUCUAUCUUGAAAAAUCAUAUACUCGACUGAAGUAUCGCUUUACGAAUGCUUUUGCGGUUUGGACCGCCACUUUCUCAUUUACUAGUGAUAGUGAUGCUGUUCGUAUAUUAACACUAGGCCUCUUUAUAUUCCUCACUGACGGUAUACUCCGGGCACAAUAUCUCUUCCCAUUGACCGCAGCAGAGUACACAGCCUAGAGGGUGAAAGGUGUAGCCAUGGCUUGCUGUACGGUCUCUGCACUCUUUCUAGUCUUGACACUCAAUGGGGAAUGCGACUGGCCAAUGGAAUCAGUGUUAUGGAACGCAUCACAUUAAUAUUCAUUGAAAUUCCGAUUCGUUGGUAUCCUAUUCCC